AAUUCUCAUCAGAGAAAAUUUUAAAUAAAAUUCUCUACUUACAUUGCUUUUUUCUGUAUAGUGAAGGCUUUGUCAGAUGUUUUUCUGUCGCAGCCCGUGUUUGGGUUGAAAACCAGGGAAAGUUUUCUUCAUUUUGUGCUAUCAUUACAGUUAGUUCGGAUUUAAGAUAAAAAUUUAAGUAGUUUUAUAUGAGGAAAAAUUGAAAGACAUUGAAAGACUCAAACCUAUUUUCUAAACCGUUUGGACUAUUGACUCGUAGAUGUAAAUCUUUAUGCUCUCUAAAGAUUGGUUGAUUUUUUAGCAAAAUAGAACCCACGAAUGCGCUUCUUCAGGCAAUGCUUCUAUAAAAAUUGUGCAGAAGUAUAACAUCGAAAAACUUUGCAAGAAACUCUCGAAUUCCCAUCACAGUAGAAGUUUCUUAUAAAGUAGAGAGAAUGUGAACUUACUUAUUAAAACAGUGUCAUAGCAAGCGGAAGAUUUUCAGGGUUGGGCAAAGGUGAGGGUCUUAGGGUAAGUUCUCCAGAAAUCUUUAAAACCAUCUUAUAUGAGUGGAUGCGCUAAGAGUGAUUUAUAUUGCAUUUAUAUGUCACAGUAUAUCUAAAAAAUUUGAUAGGAUAGUUUGAAAAUAUGCACUAUAUCCACUCUUCAGUUUAGCUGCGGCCCUCAACCCCUUAGCCGAUUCUGUCUAGAUACGUGCGUAAUCAUUUCAGGGACCUCGAGGGGGGCUGAUGGGGCUAUAGCAUCCCAAAUAACUAACAAUCUCAUACAAAACCGUAGAAACCUAAAAUGUACCUACAACCAUACAAAAAAUCGCCCUAUUCAUUGUUUUUAGCAUGUUUGUCCCCCUCCCCCCAAACGUUUCAGCCCCAUCAAUCCAUAAUAUGCACCGCGGUCCUUGAGUCAUUCUAUGAAAUUUAUAGAGAAAUACAGAAGAAAUGUGUGAAUACGUUUUAAAGCCAGAAAUAUUAUAAACCAAACCAAAUCUCUGGCAGUUAGUCCUAUCGCAAAAAUUGCUGACUGUUUGCAAAGCUUUUCGUACCCUGUAAAUCUCGUUAUCAAGUUGCCUCUAUGCCGGUUUUUUGUUUUUCAAUGGCGGCAAUGGAAUCAAAUGAAAUGGACCAAUUUGUGCACCAGAGAAGAAAAGUACCGUGUGAGAGGGGACCAUAUGUGUUCAGAAACACUUAAAAACGGUCAAGUAGAAGCACAUUCACAAUGCGGCAAGGCAACAUAGAUGAAAUUGAGGAUGUUUCACAGUGGGUGAGAGGUAUAUUCAAGAGAUCUUGGCUGAAGCAUGAUGUUUACCAUCUUAUUUGGGAUUUCAGUGGUGGUUUGAUAAUCAUCUACUUAGCUGAAGCAUUAACUUGUAGAAAACUGCCAUUGCUGCAUUCUAAACCAAAGGACUUUGCAGAGAAAAUUGGCAACAUUGAAUUGGCAUUGCAGGCAUUCAAAGAUGAUGGGGUUGAGUUUCCUGGCAUAUUUGCACACGAUAUUGCCAAUGGCGACGAAGAGAUCAUAAUAAUGCUUUGCUAUAUAUUAAAACACCAUUACUCUGCUGAUCAACCAGCAAGAGGUUGGACAAUCGAUGUUGAACAAGCCUCGCAUCUUGGGCCUUUGUUCUUGUUCGAUGAUGCAUCGAAAGCGUCUGUUGACAAUCGUCUUGAUUUUGAACCAUUCGAGAAAGAAGAUAUUUCUCUAUUUGACUGGGUUUCGCAUCAAAUCGGCAAAGAAAUUCUCGAUUAUCAAAUCUUCAAAGACGGUUUUAUCCUGUGCAAACUCAUCAACAUUGUUUCACCGAGAAGAAUUCCAGAAAAGCUUCAAAGACGGUUUUAUCCUGUGCAAACUCAUCAACAUUGUUUCACCGAGAAGAAUUCCAGAAAAGAUCACGAUAUCCUGAUUCGAGAAAUCAAAACUGGCGUGUUAGCACUUUUAUGGCUCCUCCGAAGCUGCCUGAAAAUGAGUCUGACUGCAGAGCACCCAUCAUUUUUCAAGUGACAAGAACAUUUUCUUAAGGAGCACGCUUCCAAGUUACAAAACUCCUGCUCAAGCUACACGCAUCUGUAUCAUCAGUAUGGAGUCGCUUGGAAACCCGAUGAUUUUGUACCCUGAUAUUAAUAUACUAUGUACAGUGGCGUAGCCAGGGUUGGAAGAUUGGAGGGGCAAAGAGGAGACCGACAGCAAGGGUCCGGAGGAAAAGUUUUGCUGGCCACACCCUUGAGGAUUGGGGAAAAGCCCAUUUUGUAAGUUUGUUUGGCAAAGCUAUGGCUUUUUAUGUACGAAGAAUGAGUACAUAUUUUUACGUGGAAAUGGUUUGUUAAUCAAACACAAUAACCGUCAUAUGUAGCUGUUUGUGGCUGACCCCAUUCUACAACUGUCUGUUUGCUUCACAAUUCCUUAAACAUUUAUAUUUUGAAGGCGAGGAAGCUUUACAUCUUAUUAUUUCGCGAAUGUCUAAAGAUGGAGAAAGACGACAGGAAUUUGAAUAACUCUAUAUAAACCCUAAAACGACAGGGAAUUUGAAAAACUUUCUGCAGAGGUACAGUCGAGGGUCCGCGCCCUUUAGAUUGGCUUGAAAUUUUCGCGACCACGUCCUUUAGAUUGGCUUGAAAUACAUUUAAAAAUAUUUCUUACAGUCGUUUGUUUGCAUUCUUUGAAAAAAAUUAAGUUUUGUCUGAAAUAUCAAUCCCCUCUCCUGAGGUACUAGUUUUUAUUGCAGAUUUGCAUUUUCUAAGACACCAACAUUCUAAGCAUUGGAGGCGGCCGCCCCCUUUUCCCCCUCGCUAAACUACAGCAUGAUCAAUUUUGUACUCAAGAUAAAAUUAAGAUUACUGUCCACUGUUCGGUCAUAAAGUGGGCGAUGUCAUACAGGCAGAGCUUGACACGCUUUUGGUGUAUAGAACAAGUCGAUUCUUAGUUGCUACUCCGAGUUUCACGCUUAAUGCGAUUAUCAUCAGGGUUCUGCAGAUGUAAGUGAAAUGAUAUUAAUGGGGUUUAGUGAUGACGUCAUUUGAAUAUUGUCUAGAAUUUCAAUUUGGCCUAUAUAAUAUCAAUCAUGAAGUACCUUUAUAACAGCAAGCAUAAUUCGGGACAUUAACUGGUCGUGUCUCAAAAGCAAUUUGCGAAAGACUUAAUUGAUUUUCAGAUUCUUAAUUGAAACUUUUUUUGGUUUUUAGAUUCUUAAUUGAAACAUUUCUUGGUUUUUAGAUUCUUAAUUGAAACAUUUAUUGGUUUUCUCUCAGGCUCGGUGAAUCAAAAGAAAACGUUGUGAAAUUAUAUUUUUAUGACGUCAUCCGGUGCCAACACUGCUCUACCAAGCUGAAUGUUACUAUUUACUACAAAAUGUGUGAACAUUCCACUGAAUUUCAUUGAACGUUUUUAUGAAUGAGUUAAUGUGAAUGAGUGCCAUAUAAAACGCCACCGAUCUGCUCUAUUGGGGACCAAACAUUCCUCGGUUAAACUCAACACGUGAAUUAGUCUAUUUUCGUGUCAGCUGUGUCUCAAGUCUUUGAUCUUAUAACUCUUAAGGUAUUUCCAUUGUAAUGUGAAACCUGAAGUCGUUUACACGUAACUAUUUUAUUUUUUAUUAUUGCAUUCACGACCUCUAACGUGCAAUUUGGCAAAGCCUCUCUUAUUUUCCCUUCCUUUGUCGAAUUGAAGUUAAUGUUUGCUAAACUAACAUCGAAACACCGCCUUCAUUUAAUCUCUGUUUUUAUAAAGAUAAUCCUUUUGCAACCAAUCUUGUGAGUUUCGGGAAGGUACGAGCGACAGCGUAUUCCCAGAAUACUGCAAAUGUCCUUUAAGGUGGAGCAUGUGCCCCUUUGAGCUUUAAUUUUCACUAACAAAGACCUAGAGUGCCCUUUUCCGAUAACUUUGCUGUUUCUGGUAACAAUUAUAAGUACCCUUACAAAAGUCGUGCAUCCAAGUUGUAAAAACUAUUUCCAAGGUAGUCGCUAAAUUCCACAAUAUGUUGCAUCAUUUUACUUUACAUCAUAACACAAAUUUUUUUGGAACCAAGUUCAAUUCCGAAAGAAACCUUGUAAUUAUGUUUUUGCAUUCUCUCAUUCGUCUGACAAAACUCAGAAAGUGGAGAUUUAAAGCAAGCUUUAUUAUGUUUCUUAUGAUUUGUGUUUAGUUCUGUUGGAGACAUUUCUCUUGCGAAUUUACACCUGCUUGUGAUAAAUCGUGUAUAUCAUGUCAGCUGCUAUGAAGCUUACCUACCUUCUCUAUUCCUAGAAAAGCUAAGAACAGUUCUCAUUAAAGCCUUGAAAGUCUUCAAAAUGUCCUGAGCUAAAAAUGCAUUCAAUGCUACCGAGGAAUAACCUACCUCGUGUAAAAACCUGCUGCAGCGUUUUUGAAUUGAUUCAAAUUACUGUAAAGAAUAUUGUGCUGUUUGAGGCAGAGAGCACUGGAGGGAUCAUACACCCGAUAUUUUGCCAAGUAAUAUAAACCGUUUUGAAAGUAGCUUUGAUAAAAGCAAACAUUUUACAACAUACUUAAAGUUUUUCGUCGGACACUCCUCAGGGUAUAAAGCGUCAGAAUAAAGUUCCGAAAUAACGAUUUUUGUAACUUUCUGAAAAUUUUAUAAAUUUGUUAACAAAAAUAUAAAUGCAGUUAUAUCUUCUCGAUAAUACUAUUAGGAAAAUAAGAGCAAAGAAAGACUGGAACAGUUUGCAGUUAAUUAUAGCAAAUUCCUGGUCGACUACGUAGAUGAGAACACGUGAAGAGCUCCCCGCUUUCCUUUAAUGCAAUCAAGGAUAAUCCCAUAAUGCAAUAAACAAAUGAUAUACUCGCACCAUGCAACACCAGAUCUUUGCUACUUUUGGCAAUACUAAAGAGCACCUCAGCAAAUAUCUAUUGACCUACUUUUACUUCAAUGCACGAGUCUCGAACUGGAGCAAAUAAUGGUACCUGAUAUUUAAUGGAUAUUUAAUGGAUCAAGAAGCCAGAGGCCCCUUUGUCUGUCUGUUUACGCACGAACUAACUGAGCAAAGGAACGCAGUACUGGAUUUGCCAGGCUGCUUAACUUGAACAGUCGGUACAUCGCCAGCAUUAAAAACUUUUGACUUUCUGUUCGCCGUAUAUUUCGUUUGGGAGACGCAUAAGGUCUGAGUAAGACAUUCCUUCUCAUUUCAGUCAACGAGCUUGCGUAAUGCAGCUUAGUUCGACGCACAUGCACUAUUCUCUUGUUCCUCUCCUAACAAAUACGUGUCUGAAGGCUACCUCCAAAAACCGGACCUUGUCCACACCAACUUUCCCCUCUCGUUACUGCGCAAUGUUUUCGCGCGUUUCUGUUUGUAGUCAGUAGGCAAACACGAAUCAUUCGUCAAACGCAAAUGAUAUUCAAAUGAAUAUUCUUAAACUAUGGUUCCUUUGCGAGAUUGUUUGAAAUUGAAAAAAUUUUAAAUUUGUUUCCCCACUUUUGCUUUUGCAUCGUCACAGUUUCAAGCAUAACUUUCUGCAAAGACCGAGAUACACUUUUUGCUCAGGGGGAUCAGCCCUGAUAAAUCAGUGUAACAAAAGCCAUAUUUCACAAAAUAAAUAUAUUCUACUUAUACAACUUAAGUUUUUUGGGGAGCCAAGACCCCCCUGGCCCCCGGUAUAUCGGUCCUUGACUACCUGUAAUAAGCGAAUCCCUUUUAAUCCAUUACCGACAGAGCUGUGACGAGAUUGCGUGCUCCCUAUGCGCACUCCUUUGAAAACAAGCUUGUUAGUUUUUCCUCUGAAAAGGAGUAUUUGUCAAUUGCGCUGGAAUUCGCACGAUAUUUAUCCAGAUUUGUAUUCAAAUAACCUGCAGGUUUUAUUUUUCUCCACUUGGGUUUUAACAAAAGGUACGAAGCUGUUCUUGAUAUUUACGUCGCCGAGGUUGUAGUGCCUAAAUGCCACGAAAUUCUCUUAAAACGGAUGAAAAAAGGUUGCGCAAAUUUGCAAAAUACUUAGCAACGUUCUCAAGUAUCACCAUUAAUGGAAAUGCCUAUUUUAUUAUCAAAAUAUUUCAAGUUAAGCUGGAACGAUGAUUCUGUAGUGUACAGUCAAUGGAAUCGCUUGCAUGACGCGAAAGCCCGCGUAUCCUUCUCUGUUUUUUCAAAAGAAAGCAACAAUUGAAAAUUUAUUUGGAUAUUUAUCUUUCCUUUUGAACACAGCAAGAGCAAAAACGGAAACAGAGGCUCUGUCCACGCAGCAAAAUACUCGGUAUUUUAAGCUACUUUUAGCUGAGGCAGAAAAAUGCGUAAUACCACUAAACGCUUCAUGUUUGCUCUCGAAUUAACCCUUCAGUAAAUGAUAGUGAUCUUAAAAAAAUCAAAACUUAAAAAUUUAGAAGAAAGGCAAUGGAUUGAAAACGAUGGUAAAGUUUGGGCUGGACAGAAAAUUAAUCAAAAUUUUCCAAGUAAAUUUUACUAACUCAUUUUGAGAAGCAUUCUUCACCUUCAUAAACAUACAGAUAAAUUGCACACAGAAAAUCUAUCUAAUACUGAACUACAUAUGAAAACAUUUUAAAAUUCUAGAGAAACUCACCAACAU